AUGCAGGGGCCAUCCCGGCCGAACCCCGAGCCGGCGGCGAACCGCUGGGACCCCGACGACGUGAGCGGAAGCGACACGGAGGACGACACUGAGAACGGGUCGGACGGCGGCGACGAGGAGGAGGAGGGCCUGUCGUGGAUCCAGUGGUUCUGUGGCCUGCGCGGCAACGAGCUGUUCUGCGAGGUCGACGAGGACUACGUGCAGGACGACUUCAACCUCUCGGGGCUGUCCGGCCUCGUCCCGUACUACGAGCUCGCCCUCGACCUCAUCCUCGACCUCGAGAGCCCGCACGCCGAGCAGCUCACCAACGACCAGCACGAGGUCGUGGAGUCCGCGGCGGAGAUGCUGUACGGCCUCAUCCACGCGCGCUUCAUCAUCACGACGCGCGGCCUCGCGGCGAUGCUGGAGAAGUACAAGGCCGUCGAGUUCGGGCGGUGCCCGCGCGUGAUGUGCCAGGGGCAGGGCUGCCUGCCCGUCGGGCAGUCGGACAUCCCGCGCACGUCGACGGUGAAGCUCUACUGCCCGCGCUGCGAGGACAUUUACUACCCGCGGUCCAAGUACCAGGGCAACGUCGACGGCGCGUACUUCGGCACGACGUUCCCGCACUUGUUUUUGAUGACCUACCCGCUGCUGUACCCGCCACCGCCCGUGGACGCGUACGUCCCGCGGGUGUUUGGGUUCCGCAUCCACGCCACGUCCAAGGCGGCGUUGCUGGGCGACAAGGCGCCGGAGCGGAUAGGGGACGGGGCGGGGGCCGCGCGCGGGGGCGGGGGCGCGCGGGCGGCGGGCGCGGCGGGGACGUCGGCGGGCGGCGCGGGGCCGCAGGGGGGGAGUCGGGGGCGGCGGCGACGCCGACGGGGUCGCGGAGCAGCAGAUGAAGGACGGCGCGAGCUGACGCAGCCGCGUGUGACGCACCGGCCGCCGAUCAACGCACUGGCUGGGGCAGGGGGAAUUGUGUGUUGGUCGGGUGCGGGCCGCGCCGAGCACAGCGCGUCGUCGCUCGGUGCGGCGGCGGGCGCCGCGGUGGUGCGCGCGGGGGUGCGGCGGCCUCUGCCCGGGUCGGCAGCGCGUUGCGCGGAGCAGCGGUUGGCCGGACGCGCCGUGCGGGCGGUUCGCGCGGCGGGUCCGGCGCUCGAAGCUGCCGUAGGGUCGCUUGUGGCAUGUCUGACAGCAGGGGCGGGUCGAUACGAGGCAAGACUCGCUGUGUGA